GACUUUGUAGACUUCACUCCAAACUUCACUCCAAGCUGCCCUCACCCUGCGUGUCGUCUGUGUGGAGUGAAGCGGUCUCUCUCGGUGGUGUGUAGGGAUUGAAAUCUCGCUCGUCUAAUAACAGAAGACAGAAAAAAAAAAGCCUGAGCACAAGGCACAAGGAAAACACCGACCACCACUGCAACAAUUACUACUACCAACUACCACACACUAUUACCACCUUGAUACUUCCUUAUAAACUCAUCCACAAAUUCCCUUUCUCGCACAAACACACAUCGUUCAAGUUGAUCACUCUUUCAACUUCUUGAAUGGUUUCAAUCUACAAUUUCAACCCUUUUGAUCAAUCUAUGCCUGAUCUAAGGUUGCUUUAUUCUUUGUUUGUCCUGAAAUCUUUUGGAGGAAUCUAGGAACAUUUCCGAAGCUCCCAUUCAAGCUGGCUCGGAAGAUUCAUCUGGGUCAGCAAUCCACCCGGUCGUCGCAUGCCUCGUCCUCUAUCCAACUCGAAGCGACAGCAAGGGGCUGCGAACGUACGCGAUACUCGUCAUGACAAUGGGCUUGUAGGUCCAGGGAAGAGGGUGCCUAGGCAAAAGAGUAAUGGACAUAUGAACGGACAUGCGAACUCCUCCGAUUCUAUCCCAUCAACACCACCACCUUCGACCCCACCACCUGCAAAUGGACACGCGAAAUUGCCUGGCAACGAUGACAACACUUCGGAACAUAAGCUGGGGGGAGACGUAGCAAGGAGGACUUCAGUUGGUGGACAUUCAGAUUCUUCUCAAGAUGGUUACAAUAUCCCCACGAUUUCUUUCCCACAAGAAAAUCAUCGCCAUAUCAAUGUCAAUUCUGCCAAAAACCCUUCAGUACAUCGCGAUUCCGGUCCAUGGCAUUUCGCGAAGACUGUUUUGACAUCCUGUCCAAUCUCUGACACACUGGCCAUUCUUAUUGUUCUUCUCCAGGUCCCACCCGCUUUCUUGACGAUCAUCCAAUUACUGUUCGCCACUUUGACAUUCGUCCCCCCGUCCACUACUGCUACAUCUGGAAUAAGCUUCAUCGAUAUGUUUGAAGGAACUACGGGUACACCAUCAUUGGCAACGAUUAUGGUGGUUGACGUACUGUUUCUCUUGACUUGGGUAUUUCUAUAUGGUCCUCUGCAGGAGUUCAUCUUGCAAUUUGCACAAUCGGUGAUCGCAUUGACUUUGGGAGGAGGUCUCAGUGGAAAAGAAGCUGGCAUGAGGAACGUAGUUCUCUGCUUUGGUUACAUUGGGGUCUCGCAUUAUGCCUCGAUUAGCAACAUUAAAUCUGUUGGACUUCGUACGCUACUUUCAUCCCCACGAAACUUUCUAGGAUCAUUCGACCUCGACGAUCCUCUCGAGUCGAUACCAAUACCUAUUCCAAAUUGGAAAGACCGAAUACCGAUUUGGGUUCGAAAUAUUCUUGCGGUACACAUUCUUGCACAAGGAGUAGUGCGGUAUAUACGAGAUUUAUAUGUUAGGAGUCAAAAACGCGAUCAUGCAGCAUCUACCCUGGGGGAUCCUGAAGCAGCGAAAGGAUCAGCAGAUGGAGCCAAUGAUUCUUCUACUACAAACCCACAAACACCAGAUAACGAAGCUUCAAAUUCAUUACAUGCUAGUCAUACAGCCAUUACAACCAGGAAAAAGAGAAAACAAAGCGCACAAGUCCGCAUUCAACAACCUUUAUGGGCAGCUUUAGCAAGUACAAAAAUCGUCAUGGUCAAAGAGUACGAAACGUCGCACGCAGCUGCGGAAUCGGCGGGUACAAAUGCAACAGAUGCUAGUAACCUUGGAAAUGCACCUUUCAGUACCGAGCCAGAUCGAAUAUGGAUUACCAAUGUUGGGUCUGAUGCCGUUUUAUUUAGUACCAGUUAUUUUCCCAAGUUCACAAUUCCCGACGAGAAUCAAGAUGAUACGGAGGGGUCAAUUGUAAACUCGAGAAUGCCCAUUUUUGUUAGGGUCAAUCAAGCACAUUGGCAACCUACAAGGAUGGAAGCUAGUAUUAACCCUAGCUUACCUGCUGGAAAAAACACGUGCUGGGAUGGAGAAAUCUUUGGGCUUGCGCCUUCUAGCAGUUAUGAGAUUGAAUUUUUCAAUGUCGUUAACAACAAAGUCAUUUUCUGCACCAGCGUCAAAACGCUUAAUACACCAUCAGAUACUGCAGCUGCAACUUCCCUUUCGCCUCUCCCUCCUCAAGUGUCGGGACGACCAGGAUCGCCCAGUUCCACUAUUCAACAAUCAAUACGAGCAUCCAAGACUAAACUGGAAGAAGAACGUAGCCGCCAGAAACGCGAACGUAAAGACCAACGCACGAAAAUCCAGACACUUCGCAGAGAGAUUGAUAAGCUCUCACAUAUCAUAGCCACAUCGGGUGGCAAUGAUGAAAAGCAACGUCAAAAAAUUCAACAAGCCACCCUUCAGAUUAGACAAGCAGAUGAAGCCAUUACGUCAAUCCAAGCUGAUAUUGAAAUUGCCGAUCGAUUACCUUCAGCAUCAAAGGAUUCCGAGUAUAUUUCAGCAAAGCAAAAGUAUCGAACACAAAAAGAGCUCUAUGAGAAAGCUAAAUCAGACUUCACUACGAAAAAGAAGGAGAAUGAAAAGCCAAUCACAGCUUUGAGUGCUGAACUUCUCAACAAAGAACGUCAAUCCGAGAAAUUGGAAGCCAGAUCUAUUAAACUUACUCAUCAAGCAGAUGAUCUUCGUGAAGCUAACACCAAAGGGUUGAAUGAAGUUCAACGUAGGGAAAAGCAACGGAAGGAUAAAGAUGAUGAAAGAAGAAUGGUUCAGGCGAAUUGGGAUAAGUAUAACGUGGAGGCACAAAUGCAACUCCAACGGUAUACUGAUGACCUCACCAUGCUUUACCCCUACAUCGAUCAAUACACUAUGGCUUUACAACAGCAGCAUCAACAAGAAGCAAAUCAGUUAUACGUCAAUUCCUCAUGGACAACAGCAGGUGAAAGCUCAAUGUCCGCAUUUCCCGCAUACGCUCCAAUUUCGAAUAUGACAAUGGGUAUGCCUCAAAUGGGUGGUUCAAUGACAAUGUCACAAACCACAAGGCAAAGAGGUAGAAGCUCGAGUAUGUUAAGCAACGAGAGUGGAUUUACCCAAGGUCCGGAUUCGGAUGAAGAACAUACUCCUUUUUAUGGACCACAUCUUCAAUCACAAUCCCAGCCUCAAUAUUCUCCAUACAAUACCAAUCAAUCACCAAGUCCAUUCGCUCCCGCGUUCCGAAAUACAUCAACAUCGAUUUCUCAAUUCCAACAAAAUGAAUCAUUGAAUUGGCCACCAACUCGUAAGGGUAGUGGAUCAGGUGAUGUAGAUGCAUCGGGGAGUAGAAGUGGAAGUGAGAGAGAUAGUAUUGGGGAUCCCAAAAGUCCACUGAAUGAAAAGAGUCAGUUACCGUUUCCUAUUGGAGCGGGACCAGGCUUUGGAAUCGGGAGUGCUGGAUCCAGGGGCUUGCGAGGGGUUUGGGAUAAUUGAUUUUAUUGAUGCUGGUGGAAUUUUACGCUGUGCUGGUGUUGUGUUCUAGUGUUGAGGGAAGCGAAUUGGAUUGAAUUGGAUUGGACAGUUUGGAGAUGAUAUCGAUGGGCUGUCCGACUAGUUUGACGAUUACGCGGCAUGGCUAGAAUCUCAAGAGAUGUGUGAAGUGGCGGUAGUUGGGCUAACUGGUCAAAACUGGUGGUAUUAGAAGCGAUAUUGGCAUAGCAGUAAAAUUGAAGCUUGCAAGUUUAUUUUCUCUAUAUCUCGAUUUGACUUGCA